UCAGAUCACGUUUUUUAACCACGGCAGCCAUCGGGUGGCAAUACCAGACCCGUCGGCCAGGCCAGCCAAGUCCGGUAGGCAAUUCCUAUAGAGGUCAUAACAUGGCUACGGCGAUUGCCAAACCUCUCCUGAGUGAUCUGGUGGCAGAAUCAGGGACAGUCCCGUCGAGCCACAUUAGACCGGUGGGAGACCGGCCAGACCUCGCCGAUGUCGACCACGAGUCCGGCGCCGGCAUUCCGCUCAUCGACCUGAAGCACCUCGACGGGCCGGAACGUCGAAGGGUCGUCGAAGCCAUCGGCUCGGCGUGCGAGACCGACGGGUUUUUCAUGGUGACGAAUCAUGGCAUCCCGGAGGCGGUUGUCGAGGGGAUGCUGCGCGUGGCAAAGGAGUUCUUCCACCUGCCGGAGUCGGAGCGGCUCAAGUGCUACUCCGAUGACCCGAAGAAGGCGAUCCGGCUGUCCACGAGCUUCAACGUGCGCACGGAGAAGGUGAGCAACUGGCGAGAUUUCCUCCGCCUGCAUUGCUACCCUCUCCAGAGCUUCAUCGACCAGUGGCCCUCCAACCCGCCCGCCUUCAGGGAAGUGGUGGGCGCCUACUCGACGGAAGCGAGAGCGCUGGCGCUGAGGCUGCUGGAGGCGAUCUCGGAGAGCCUGGGGCUGGAGAGACGCCACAUGGUGACGGCCAUGGGCGGGCACGCGCAGCACAUGGCGGUGAACUACUACCCGCCGUGCCCGCAGCCGGAGCUCACCUACGGGCUGCCGGGCCACAAGGACCCCAAUGCCGUCACGCUGCUCCUCCAGGACGGCGUCUCCGGCCUCCAGGUCCAGCGCGGCGGCCGCUGGGUCGCCGUCAACCCCGUGCCCAACGCGCUCGUCAUCAACAUCGGUGACCAACUACAGGCGCUGAGCAACGACCGAUACAAGAGCGUGCUCCACCGCGUGAUUGUGAACAGCGAGAGCGAGAGGAUCUCGGUGCCGACGUUCUACUGCCCGUCGCCGGACGCGGUGGUCGCGCCGGCGGAAGCGCUGGUGGAUGGCAGCCAUCCUCUGGCGUACCGGCCCUUCACGUACCAGGAGUACUACGAGGAGUUCUGGAACAUGGGCCUCGAGUCGGCUAGCUGCCUCGACAGGUUCCGACCGAUGGACUAAUGGACUGGCCGGCCCUGGCUGGGCCAUAGACACCUCGUGGGCUAUAAGUGUUGUCGCUCACCAGAGAAAAAGAAUUCGCUCCACAAAAACCCAGAGAAAAAGAAGGUUCUAAAAAAAACAGAGCAAAAGAAGCUAGCGGAUAAACCAGAGAAAAAGAAGGGCCAUAGACACCUCCUGGGCCAUCAGAUAAAGUUUGGAUGGCUGCGAUUGAGGCGAAAGAUCCCUUGACGAACCAAUUUCCUCCCUGCCCAUCAUACGCAGCAUCCACUAAAGAUUGGACAGGUCUUUGACGGCCGCGAUAACUUGUGGGUGUCUAUUACAGCUGUCUAGUUGUGUCUAAAGAUUUACUAGACGAUCAUGAAAUAAAUUAGCGAUAUGUCAAUUUUCACAGUUCCAUCACCCUAGUGACCUUCUAUGCUCAUGUUUUCUCGCCAAAUUGUUACUAAUGCUUCGAUUUUUGUGUCUACUUUUCGGGCUUCUCCACCAUGGGCCCCCAAAUCUAUCACCUUAGUUGCUGGAUUUGUAUCCUCCUUAAUGAUGCAAUAAAAUGUGCAUUGCUCGUUA